AUGUUGCAGGCUGCCCUUCUGUUGCAGUGGCUCUGUUCGGUCAAGAGGAAGAAGUGCUGCCCCACACCAGGCUGCGACGGCUGCGGCCACAUCAGUGGGAGAUACUCACGGCACAGAAGCGUGAUGGGUUGCCCUAUAGCCAGAAAACGCCGUAUAGAGGAAGCGGAGCAGGGACAGGAUCUGGAGCAGGACCCAGAAACAGAGGAACCCGCUUCCAAAAGGAAGACCCACCCGCUGAAGAUGACCCUGGAUGAGGGCUUCAGCACAGAGAGCGACGCCAGCAGUGAGUCGGAGGGAGAGGACGGAGCAGAUCGAGGGAGGAGGGAGGAGAAACCUGUGGAGGAGGAGCUGGAGAGGGAGGAGAUGACAGAGGACCUGACAGUCGGAGGGAGAAUGUUGCAAGGACAGCGAGACGGACAUGAUGGUGAGGAAGAAGUGAAACAAGCCCAGCAAAAUGAAGAAAAGGUAGAGGAAGAGGAGAGGAGAAAGGCAGAUGAAGAAACAUACCUUCAAGAGGAAGAAGAAGAGUGCAUGAUCCUGGAGCCAGAGCAGCACGCAGCGCCCCCUGCAGCCGGGGAGGCUGAAUGCCUCUCUCGGAGAGCAGAGGACGUGGCCAAGUCGCUCCUGCACCUCGGCAGAGUGGAGCACUCCAACAUCUCCACCGACACAUCCGCCGGCUCUCCAACGGAGCAGCCUGUUGCCAUAGAGACCGAGCAGAGUGCCGCCAUGGCAGCGGAGGAGGGCAGGGUGGGGAAGGAGGAGCAGGAGGGGGAAAUGAAUCUGCAAGAAGAGGAACAGGAGGAGGUGGAGGAAGACAAAGAUGAGUUAUUGGAGGCAUCCUCUACUCUCCAUAAGGAGGCGGUGGAAGCAGUAGAAGAGGAGUUGGAGGAAGAGGAUGAGGAGCAAGAGGAUGAAGAAGAAGACCAGCAUAAAAACAGUAGCGCGCGGGACUUUAGUCCCCCAGAAUAUAACAGGGACGUCCACUGUGGCCAGGAUGAGGAAGGGCACAAAGAGGGGGCAGAGAAACAGGAAGCAAGGGGAGAGCCGGACGUCCCAGAAGAAGAUUCUGAGGACGAGGAGAAUUAUUGUGCUCGGCCCCUCUCUGACGGGCCAAGUGCCAUCCCCACUAUCACCAGCACGGCAGCAGCUCAGGGAAUACUCAUCAAGAAUGACAACCACAGAGACCGCAGUUUACUGCAAGACUACAACUCCUACAGAGCUAGUCCACUUGAAAGAUACCACGCCCACAUAGCCAGCUCACUCCACCACUACAAGACCAGCCCUCCCCUGAACUACAACCCCCACUACCCCAGGGCCAGCCCGCUCCAGGACUACCUCCCGAACCUGCACCGAGAGAACUACAAGCCCCACAAGGCCUCCUCCUCGUCCUCCCCGGACGUCAUCGAGGUACGCUCCGACCGGUCGGACGCCGAGCGGGACGGCGAGAACGGCGAGGAGGACGAGCGGGACGAGGACGAGGACAGCCUGUCCCAGCGCUCCACGGUGACGGACGAGUCGGAGAUGUUCGACAUGACCCGGGGGAACCUGGGGCUCUUGGAGCAGGCCAUCGCCCUGAAGGCGGAGCAGGUGAAGCCCCCCGGCCCACACCUGCCCCACCACGCCGCGCCAGACAUGCACCACCAGCGCUACUUUGCCAUGGACGACCGACCCAAGCACCUGGACGCCCUGCGCAAGGGCUACUUCAGCAAAGAGAGCAGCAGGCCAGAGAAGCGGGAGAUCAAGUGUCCGACCCCGGGCUGUGACGGGACGGGUCACGUGACCGGCCUCUACCCUCACCACCGCAGCCUGUCGGGCUGCCCCCACAAGGACCGCAUCCCGCCCGAGAUCCUGGCCAUGCAUGAGAAUGUGUUGAAGUGUCCAACUCCAGGCUGCACCGGGCAGGGCCACGUCAACAGCAACCGGAACACACACCGCAGUCUGUCAGGAUGCCCGAUCGCAGCGGCCGAGAAGCUGUCCAAGACCACAGACAAGCAGCUUCUCUCCCCGCCGCUCAGCGAGCACCUCAAAGGAAGCCCCAAUGACCGAGUUCUGAGGCCCAUGUGCUUCGUGAAGCAGCUGGAGCUGCCCCAGUACGGGGCCUACCGUCCCAACAUGUCGUCCACCACGCCCCGCGCCAACCUGGCCAAGGAGCUGGAGAAGUACUCCAAGGUGUCCUUCGAUUAUGCAAGCUUCGACGUCCAGGUGUUCGGGAAGCGCAUGCUCGCACCAAAGAUGCCCACCAGCGACACCUCACCGCGCGCCUUCAGGGCCAAGCCCUCCGUCCCCAAGUCCCUGUCCCCCAGCCUCUGUCUCCAUGGUUACGGCAAGGGGGCCCCAGCCUACGACUACGCCCACGACGCCGAGGCGGCGCACAUGGCCGCCACCGCCAUCCUCAACCUGUCCACGCGCUGCUGGGAGAAACCAGAGAACCUCAGCACCAAGCCCGACACCAAGGAGACGGACAUCGAGGUGGACGAGAACGGCACCCUGGACCUGAGCAUGAAGAAGGCCAUCAAGCGGGAGGGCAGCCUGUCAGGGGCCAGCCCCGGGGUCGGCUCCCCGGGCCCCUCCUCGAGUGCGUCCUCCUCUUCCCCCCAUCCCCACGGCGACGGCAGCGGGAUGACGUCGCCGCACCAUGGCCACGCCUACAAGCAGGAGGAGUGGGAGGGACCUCUGGACUACACCAAGCCCAACCGCCAACGGGAGGAGGACAUGGACGAGACCGAGCACACCGGUCAGUCCUUUGCGUCGUCCGACCAGGAGGACUGUGACAUGAUGCAAGAGGGUCAUGAGGACAGGAAGUACCCGGGAGAGGUCACCAGCCCAAACUACAAGGUCAAGUUCCCAGCCAAGGACGUCAAGAAAGACUUGCUCUUGUAAGUGAAGCCCAAAGGGAGGUGCCCCACACCUGGCUGCGAUGGCAGUGGUCACAUCACAGGGAACUACGCGUCCCAUCGCAGUCUAUCUGGGUGUCCUCUCGCUGAUAAGAGCCUUCGCUCCCUCAUGGCGGCCCACACUGCUGAGCUCAAAUGUCCAACACCUGGAUGUGAUGGAUCAGGUCAUAUCACCGGAAACUACUCCUCUCAUAGAAGUCUGUCUGGGUGCCCGCGUGCCAAGAAAAGUGGAAUUAAAACAUCUCCUACCAAGGACAACCAGGAGGACUCCGAGCUCUUAAACCGGUGCCCUGUGCCAGGCUGUGACAGCCUGGGCCACAUCAGCGGGAAGUACGCCACGCACCGCAGCGCCUACGGCUGCCCGCUGGCCGCGCGGCGCCAGAAGGAGGGCGUCCUGAACGGGGCCCCCUUCAACUGGAAGGCCUUCAAGACCGAGGGCCCCACCUGCCCCACGCCGGGCUGCGACGGCUCGGGACACGCCAACGGGAGCUUCCUCACCCACCGCAGCCUCUCAGGUUGCCCCAGGGCCUCGUUUGCCAAGAAGAAAGCCAAGUUCUCUCCGGAAGACUACCUUAAUGCCAAGUUCAGACCUGCUGACGUUCUGGACAACGAUGAGGACAUCCAGCAGCUCAACAAGGAGAUCAACGACCUCAACGAGUCCAACACCGAGAUGGAGGCGGACAUGGAGAACCUGCAGACACAGAUCUCUUCCAUGGAGAAGAACCUGAAGAGCAUCGAGCAGGAGAACAAGGUGAUGGAGGAGCAGAACGAGGCCCUCUUCAUGGAGCUGUCGGGGCUCAGCCACGCCCUCAUCCGCAGCCUCACCAACAUACGGCUGCCACACAUGCAGGAGCCAAUCACAGAGCAGAACUUUGAGCGCUACGUCAGCACGCUGACCGACAUGUACACCAACAAGGACUGCUUCCAGAGCCCGGAGAACAAGGCCCUGCUGGAGACCAUCAACAAGGCUGUGAAGGGCAUCAAGGUGUGA